AUGAAUGAGGUCUUAAUGGACGAGGAGGAUGAGUGCCUGGAGUUGGUCCCCAUCUCAGGAAAGCCUCUCUCACCUGGCGAGCAGAUACCUGUGACCAUCAUCACUGGCUACCUCUGUGCUGGGAAGACAACACUGUUGAAUUACAUUUUAAUGGAGCAACACAAUAAGAGAAUCGCUGUCAUACUCAAUGAAUUUGGAGAAGGUAGCGCUCUGGAGAAGUCUCUAGCUGUGAGCCAGGCAGGAGAGCUGUAUGAGGAAUGGCUGGAGCUCAGGAACGGCUGCCUCUGCUGCUCCGUCAAAGACAAUGGCUUGAAAGCCAUAUAAAACCUUAUGCAGAAGAAAAGAAAGUUUGACUAUAUUCUUCUAGAAACGACAGGACUUGCGGAUCCAGGUAUAGUCACAGUCAUCGACGCAAAAUACGGAAUGCAGGCCCUAGAGUGUCAGGGUAUUGGCCAGGUGAUGGAGGAAGUGGCUGGGAGUCUCUCAGAGGACAUCUUGAAUGUUUUCAUCCAGGAUCUUCUGUGGGAGAAAGCAUUCAAGAACAAAGCUGGACUUUCCAUGAAUGUCAUUCGGUUGAAGGGGAUCGUGUCUAUUGCAGGUAAAGCCCCCCAGGUGAUGUUGCAGGGGGUCCAUUAACUCUACAAGCUGGAUGAGACCCCACAGGUGUGGGGGGAGGAGCCUAGGGUCAACCGCCUAGUCUUCAUAGUCCAGGAGGACCUCAAAACGCCCUAUAGCUCACCAUGCAGCUGCGCCGUGUUCAACCGGAUUCUGAUGCUUAUUGGCUCGUUAAGUUGCCUCUAUAGACGCUUUUCUCUCCCGGCCACGGGGAGCCGUCCCACGGCCAUUUUCACGGUCACACCACCUGCGGGCAUCCCGAGGUGGCACACUAAACGAAACCACGGGGGUCUGGGGGGUAAAACGCUGCGUUUAUUAUCAGGGGUAGGCGUGGUGUUCAAACUUCACAUCGCAUCCCCGGCUCCAGCCGAGCUACUGUGCUACUCUUUUCUCUGCGGGGCGGAGGACCUGCGUAGCUUUUAA